CCUCUGAAGUGGACGCCGGUGAGGAGUUGGACACACACACACCGCCGCAGAGGAGCUGUCAGUGAGACAGGCGGAGUUUCUCAGUCUCCCCCGGUGAAGUCCCAGCGGAGGGACACGGUGGCGGGGACUCACAAUUCCUACGCAUCAUUAUCGGUUUGUCGUUGUCUUUGAGAGAAUUAUUUGACAAGCCCGACCAUGACUUCGGUAUGGAAACGGCUUCAGCGGGUUGGAAAGAAAGCGUCCAAGUUCCAGUUUGCUGCUUCAUUUCAAGAACUGACGAUAGAAUGCACAAAAAAAUGGCAACCAGACAAACUGAGAGUGGUGUGGAUCAGGAGAAACAGACGGAACAGCACAAAGCUCCACACCUGGCAGCCAGGGAUCAAAAACCCCUACAGAGGCCUGGUGCUUUGGCAGGUUCCAGAGAGUUUAGACAUCACUGUCACACUCUUCAAGGAACCCACUGCAGAGGAGUUUGAAGACAAGGAGUGGACUUUUGUCAUUGAAAAUGAGACGAAAGGUCAUAAGAAGGUGUUGGCAUCAGCAGACGUCAACAUGAAGAAGUUUGCCAGCGCCACACCGGCCCAGUAUGAUGUAACACUGAAGCUCAAACCGCUGUCUGUCAAGGUGGUGGAAGCCACGCUGAAACUGAACUUGUCUUGUGUCUUUCUCAAAGAGGGCAAGGCCACUGAUGAGGACAUGCAGAGUUUGGCCAGUCUAAUGAGUAUGAAACAGAGUGACAUUGGAAACCUGGAUGACUUUAAUGACAGUGAUGAUGAAGGCGGUGAGGAAAGGAGAGCCAGCUAUGGACAUGCUGCUCAUGUUACUGCCUCUGUCUCUUCUAACAUGAGAGUACAUGAUGUGGCUUGGAGGCCUGCAGUUGUAUCAGGCCCCACAGUAACCUCAGAGAUUGGUUGGAAAGCAUCCUCUGGCAUUUCCUCCACCAUCUCGGUCCCAUCUCGUCCUCUGCUUGAACCCCCCGACCCCUCAGUUCCGUCCUCAUUACGCAUCCGACCAUCUAGCACUGGCCAGCCGGCUCGGCCCUCCCCCUAUGCCUAUUCAGUGCCAGCCUUUACACGUGCUCACCCUCCUGCACUUCCCAAAAUCUUCCAGCCCACUGCCGGAACAGUGCCCCCUUCAGCCCGGCAAAGGCCCCAUAGCUUCCACAGUGACUCCUCUCCAGCUGAAGGCUUGGAGGCUUUCCCUACCUUCAACCCUUCUAAAGCCAUCUCCAACUCUUCCAUCUCCUCUAUACCCUCUGACCCCUCUCUCCAUACUGUCCCCUUCCCUGACACCUCACAACCAGCCAGUCUCAGUGCCUGGAAAGCACAGAGCGUUCCUUCCUUUUCUUCUGUGUCUGCUUCCUCCUCAUCUUCAGCUCCUCUUGGCUCCUUCUCUUCCAUGCCUCCACCGCCUCCUCCCAAAUCUCGCCUCAUGUCUGUGGGGCAGCCAGGCUCUGCCCUCACCAGGCCCACCAGCUUGCCAUCUGCCCCUGAGACAGCUUCCUGGCAGAGUGAAUGGAGACCUCCUAAAUCUCAAGCCCCUCUAGCACAGCCUGCCCACUCUCCUAGGUUCCUGCAUAUAUCUGCUCCCAGACAGCCUGCAGUGCUGCACAAAAACCCGACAGAUACGCCAUCUUUAUUCUCUCUGCCAGUCACUUGUCAGUCUUUGGAACAGAAACGCCAGGGAGGGUCUGGAUUUGUUCCUUCCUGGAGACCCCAGGUCACCCCUACAGUAGAGAUGCCCUCACCUUCUUCUUUGAAUCCUUCCUCUGCUCUCCCGCUCUUUGGGUCUCCUCCUCCUUCUCAGCCUCCUUUAUCCCAAACUGCCAUAACCUCUAUCAUUGACCAAGAUGCAGAAUUCAAAAGACAGCUGAGCACCCUGAGUGAAGAGGAUAACCAGUGUACAACCGCUACAACAACUGAUCCCAGAGCGCCGGCCAGCCAGAGGCCAACGUCCUCCAGGGCUUCAGAGCAGAAAAAAGAUGCACAUUUUGGCAUUGAGGUUGUUAAAGCAUCAGCAGGACCUGAGAGCAUGGCCUCAUUUCUGCCCUGUAGCCCCAGAACAACCGUAGACCCAGGGCUAAAACAUUUUGAGAUGCCAAAAACACAGAUGGAUCAAACAGAAUCAAGGCCAACAAGGACAGUCCCUAACAUCCAGCCAACAUUUCCUCCCUUCACUUCUACACCUCAGCAAAACCCUGAUUUUCAAGAUCAGUGCAGAUCUGCUUCAGUCAAGGAGCUUGUGGUUAAUCCAAGAAGUCACAUGUCCACAAUGUCCAUUCAGUUGAGAGAUUUGAUAGCACAACCAGAGCCUGUUCAACAUAUACCUCUUUCUCCUACCAACCCCCAACCUACCUCCAGCUCACUCCAGGGACCUUUUUUGCACUUGCCUCAAAUGGCUAGAUUUGACACAAAACUGAUAGGAAGGAUAGGAGUGGCCCAUAAAAAAGAAGCAUUAACUAUGGAUUUGGGAAAUGAGAGCGUGGCUUUCUCAGUGUCAUCUUGUGUCAAAGACUCCAAUUCUUCUUCUCCUACAAUUGUGAUGGACGAAACAUCUGAAGUUCAGUCUGGAGAACAGCCCAUUGCAAAAAACCUACAGUGGGAGAAUCUUCAGAAAGACACUAAAAAAAUAAGCCCUGCUGUUCCAAUACCUAUUUUGGUUAAGGAAACCAUAUCCAACAGGACUGCCUCAGAUAAAGUCAAUUCAAGAUUGGACUCUGAUUUUGAGUUUCUCACAGCACAGCAGGCCACAACAGACACUUUAUCAAAGCAAAGAGAAACAUUUAAAGUGGAUUUUUCAUCGUCUUCCACAAAAUGCUUUGAUGUGCAUGGUUUGGACCCAGAACAUUGUAUGGAGAAAGUGAGAACUGGAAAUGUGGCUUCUGUAGAUGAAAGACUACAGUGUGAAAGAGAUAGGAGAGUUGCACAGGAACUUGUGUUGCCAAGCUCGGAAGUUGGUAUACAAGACAAGUGUGUUUACACAUCUAAGGUGGAACUUUUUCCAUUGAGUACAACAGGGAUUGCUAUUUCUCAUUCACCAUCCACUUCACAGCCUAAAGUUCAGAUCGAAGAACCAGGGCGGGUGCCAAGAAUGACUAUGUCACAUUUUACCUGUCCACAAUAUUCCAGGAUUCCUGGCAUGCCAUCUUCACAUCAGUCUCAAGUUAUAGCUUGGUUUGAUGAUAGCAGGUUAUUGUUUCAGAAGUUACCCAACAACAGAUAUCCUUUACUCUUCUAUUCAGAUUAUGUUGGUUCCAUUUCCAAGGGUAGUGUAGGAAUUGCAAAAAUGGUGGACUUAACACCCUCCUGCUCCAGGUCUGCCAGUAUUCCUGGAUUCCCAUCUGCUUUGAAACGUGAGCCUAAUAUUACUUGUCUUUUACCUACAUGUCCCAAAAUUAGCAGGAUUCCAGGAUUAGCUUCUGCCGGAUCAGUGACUGGAUAUGAAAAGAGUGUUUGGGACAGAUGUUCUCUGUGGAAGAAACCAUUGCAGAUGAAAGAAGCAUUUGCUUCUAGCAUGCAUUGUGUUCAGAAAGAAGCUGUUAGUGAUACUAAUAUGAUUAAAGGCAUGGUGGCCAUGUUACCAACAUGUUCUGGAAAGGCCAGUAUUCCAGGGUUUCCUUCUGCACCAAUGCAGAAGGAUUCAAAUACAGUAUGUAUGGUGAGUCUUCUCCCUACAUGCCCCAAACAGACAAUGAUUGAAGGUAUGCCAGGUAGACAAAUAGUUAUGGCAUAUAAUGACAGUUGGCAUAAUUUGAGGAAAUUAGUUUUAGACAGACCAUUGAGAAGUAAUCCUGUUCUGGUUCAGGAACAGUCACAUGAGGAUAAAGAACAGAUAAAACAUAUGGUAUAUAUGUUACCAUCUUGUCCGUGGAAGGAAACCAUCCCUGGUUUUCCCUCUGUCCCAAGAAAAGAAACCAGUGUACCUGGUUUUUCAUUUGCACUAAGCCAAGAUCAUAGCAUGGCAGACCUUUUGCCGACUUGCUCAAGAAGGACAAGAGUCAUUGGUUUACCCUCUAAGGAGCCAGUUAGUGCUCACGGUGAGGGUUUAGAUACAACCAGGCACAUUUUGAUGGAGAUGCCUUUGAGUAAAAGUGAAGUCUUGAAUGAAUGGUUUGCUUCUAAAAGCUUCCAGUGCAAGAGCCCAUUUAUCAAAAAGGAAGUCCAGAUUGUAAAUGCAAUUUUGCGUUUUGAUAAGAACACUGCUGAAAGUAUGAUUGCAAUAUUACCUUCUUGUGCUAAGAAAGCUAGUAUACCAGGGUUUCCCUCCGCCCUGACACCAACAUUAGCAGAUGGCCCAACUAUGGUGAAUGUAUUGUUUAGCUGUACAAAGGAAUCUAGAGUUCCUGGAAUGCCACUUAGAGACACAAGCAAACAAUUAGUGUGGAUAAUGGAAAGUAAGUCGCUGCUAGUUCCUAGGGAGAAGUCUACAGUUACAUUACAUUUACAGAAUCUUAAUGUGUUCUAUUCGGAUUGUGAUAUGAUCAAAAAUAUGGUAUCAAUUUUGCCCUCCUGCCCACGGACAGCCUGUUUACCAGGCUUUCCAUCAGUACCAUGUCAGGUGUUGGCAGAUAUACCAAGUAUGAUCAAUCUUCUGCCUACUUCUCCAAGACAUUCCAGAGUAUGUGGAAUACCCUCUAGAUUCCACAGUGAGUCUCAUGAGUCAGAAUGGAAUGUAAACAGAAGGCCAAUAUGGAAAAGGCAAUUAACAAACCCAGGAAGACUUUUAGUAAUACAUGACCAUAAGAUGUAUUUAAGAGAAAAGGCAGUGGCUAAAAUUAUGGUAUCAAUGUUGCCACCUUGUCCAAAACACUCAUAUAUUCCUGGAAUUCCCUCUAAAGCAGGAGAAAGACCAGUGGAAGCUGUGAUAAAAGAGGCUCCGAGCAUGUUGAAAUCCUUAGCCACUUGCCCAGAAAACAGUAAAAUUCCAGGGCUACCUGCAAAGUAUAGUGCAAAAGCUUCUGAUGGCUGGUGUGUGGACGGUGAUGAGAUUUGGAAAAACCCAUUCAAUAAAAGGUAUGGCGGCGUUAACCGAGAUUUUCCAGUUAAGGAAAUGUCAAGUAGGGAGAAAGAAGUAAUGCUGAGUAUGCUUCUAUCAUGUCCACGACAAGCCUUGAACCCUGGAUUUCCUUCUGCUCCACGACCCCAAGCUGUUGAUGCUAGUGUGAGAAAAAAUCCAGACAUGAUACAGUUGCUGCAAUGUUGCCCAAGACAGUCAAGUAUAAUUGGUUUCCCCUCCAGAGUGUCAGUUACAUCCCAUUCUAAAGUACGGGGCUGGCCGGUAGGAAAUAUGCAAGACUGCUGCCCAAUUAACCCAAAGUAUUGUUCUUCUCACAAAGAUAUAGCAUUGACAAGUCUUUCUCUUGAACAUUCUUGUCCAAACUUUUCUCUCAAUUCUCGUUUCAUAGCAGUUCCACCGCCUGACAUAGAUCGGCUUCCGAAUAUGGUAAAUAUAGUGCCAUCUUGCCCAAAGAAAGCUUCUGUUCUUGGGGUACCAUCAACACAUGUGCACCAUUCAGAACAGGGGUGGCCAGGAACAAAAAGAAUUGGACAGGAAAGUGAAAACCUUAAAAGUCAACAGCUGUCACUGGAAGAACAUUCUCUUUGCCAGGUUUCUGUCAGGGAGAAAUCCAUGCAGAUCAUAUUCCCAAGCCAAAAUGUACCAGAGAAUCUUCAACAAAGAAUGACAAUUGAGUCAUUGACCUGUCCCGUUGAGGCCAUUGUCAAAGAUUUACCAUCGUCAAAUUCUAAAAUCCAAGUGGACCAGCAAUCUUCUGUUGUUAAAGGGAUUGAGAUGUUAUCGGAUGAAGCCAGUCCAGCCAGAUUAGAUCUUGACACAAAGAAAACUAAAUCUGUUGUGGGCUCAGUUUUGGAGAGACAUAAAGAUGGACGGGGCUUUUGGAUACCGAUUGAGGCUGAAGAAAUAGCUGUUCUCGAAAAAGGAAACUUGCAUUGCAGAAUGUGGCACUCCAUUCCUGACAUGCCAUUGUUCUUGAGUGUUAAGAAGAGACAUGAAAAUAUGGUUUCACUACAGCCAUCAUGCACAAUUGUUGCUGGUGCAGAAGAACUUGCAUCCCAAACCCAAAUAAAGAAUGCCGUGCAGGAGUUAAAGAAACAUCCCACAAACAAGACCAUAGUAUGGGAGGAGCUUCCAAAGGCCAAUACAAUAAACUAUCCUACACAAAAGACUAUAACAUGGGAGGAGCUACCAAAGGUAUCAACAAAGGUAACUAGAAGAUCAGAGGAAGAAAUGGAAAUGGUCGGUCUGCCUUCCAUGAUGUUAGACACUGGUGAUGGAAUAAAGACAAAUACUGAAGAUGGGAAUGCAGAUCUAUUGCCAAUGUGGCCAACAGUUAGCACCCUUUUUGAAUUCACUGCUACUGCUAAACAAAUAGACGAAUGCCAACUGGACAGCAAGUCUACUUGUGAUACUCCAUCAAGGGAUAAUGAAUUAGCGGAUGAAAAGUCUUCCCCCCCUCGCGCACAAUGUGUGCCAUAUUAUGUGAAGCCUGACAUUGUGUAUAAACAGUACACUUUCUUGGAAGCUUGCCCAGGUGUGACAAACAUUGCUGGCAUGCCGUACAAAUUGCCCGUAAAAGAAAAACAGUGGCUUAUAGAUCAAAAGCCAAUCUGGGAGAAACAAUCAAAAAUUAAGAAAAUAUUACUGACGUAUGCAUCAAAGGAUGAUGAAAAGAACAAGAAGGAAAUGGUUUCACUGGUACCCUCUUGUCCCAGAGAGACCAGAAAUCCCGGUUGUCCAAGUUUAUCCAAUGUACCUGGUUCACCAUCUAUCCAUGAAGCCAAUAACAGAUUAUUGGUAUCUCAACAGGAACCACUUUUGGAGAAGAAAAUAAAAACUGAACUUGUUGUCAUUACAGUGUCACCAAAAGAGAAGGAUGAAGUGAAAAUUGGAGCUUUGGUACCAACUUGCCCAAAACAUUCUUGCAUAGCAGACAUCUCAAUUCCACAACCUACUGUAGCACUUCAUGGAUCCGAUAUGAUCAGCCUUUUAAACUCUUGCCCCAAAACCUCCUCUAUCAAAGGUAUUCCAUCAUUAAUCGAACAUUUUAACAAAAUCUGGGAUAGAGAUUACACACCUUUAGGGGUAAAACAGGUCAAAAUCAACACAGUCAUGAUUGAAGAGAAACCUCACAAGGAUGACAUGGGGGCCAUGACAGCUUUAGCCCCAACUUGUCCAAAACAAGCUUGUAUUCCUGGAUUUCCAUCUGCUCUGAAACCUAGAGUAAGCUAUAAUGCAUUUAAUAGGGUCAAUCUUCUUCCAUCCUGCCCGGUCACCUCAAGUAUGGCUGGUUUUCCUUCAAUGCAGAAAGCUGACGGCAAAGACUGGAACACUAUUCAUCAACCAUUAUGGGAGAAGGAAAAUAAAAAAGAUUCUGUUUUACUACUGGACUAUGUUAAAAUCGACAAAGACAUGACAGGAGUUGUGUCUCUUGCACCAAGUUGCCCAAGAGAAUCACUUAUCUCUGGCUGCCCCUCUUUACCAAAAUCCAGAAGGAUUACUGCUGUUGACAUGAAAAAUAUGGUCAGUCUUUCAAGCUCAUGCUCCAAAGUGUCACAAAUACCAGGAUUUCCAUCGUCUCAAAAUUCAAAAGAGUGGACAAAGAGCAGGGAAUCUCUAUUUGAACCAAGAUUGAAAGACAAGCAGGUGUCAUCAAUUGACAGAUGUCAAGGAGAUAAGAGAGCAAUGAAAGCAAUGUUUUUUCUUGUACCAUCCUGUCCAAAAAAGGCACGGACGCCAGGAUUUCCUUCUCAUCCAAACCCUCUAACUAUGUAUAGUGCACAGAAUAUUAUCAGCCUUUUUACGUUGUGCUCGCAAGUUUCCAAAAUUCCUGGAUUCCCAUCAGUUGAUGGGAAUAUGAGUUUAGGAUGGGUAACAGAAAAGGGUUCAUUGCUGAAGAGGCUACCAAAGAAGACAGUCAUAUUUGACACAUCAAAUGAUAACAAAAAGAUAAUGAAGAAUAUUGUUUCAUGUGUACCAUCCUGUCCUAAAGUGUCAAGCAUCCCUGGUUUCCCAUCUAUUCCGAAUCCCAAAAUGGUGUAUUAUGGCCACAAUGUAGUCAACCUCCUUCCUUUGUGCCCCAUAGUUUCUAUCAUACCUGGAUUUCCAUCGGUUGUAGGGCACAGGGAAGAGGGAUGGGGUACUGAACUGGUUUCCUUGAUGCACAGACCACCAAAGAACAAUCAGUUUAGGAUUAACAGCUUGCCAAUUAACAUAGACAAAUCCAGCAACAUGCUUGCUUUAGUUCCCUCUUGCCCAAGAGCAUCAAAGAUUCCAGGCUUCCCAUCUGUCCCGCAAUACAAUAUGCUAAGGCUUGUACCUAUUUGCCCCAAAGUAUCCAGUCUCUGUGGAUUUGCAUCAUUUGAAGGGGCCUCACAAUUCCAAUGGCUUUUUAAAACACCCACUUUGUGUGAAAAGCUAAAGGAAACUGUUUUUGUGUUAAACCUUCCAAGUCAAGAUGAGGAAACUGCAAAGACAAUGUUCGCUUUAGCUCCAUCUUGCCCAGAAGCAUCUAGGGUCCCAGGGUUCCCUUCUGCACCUCAAACCAAAUCAACGAUUGAACCCAAUAUGAUAUGUUUUGUAUCUUGCUGCUCCAGUGCUUCAAAUCUCAAAGGAUUUGCAUCCAUGACAACAGUCCGAAGCACAGGGUGGAUAAAUGAAACAAAACCAAUUUUAAUAAAGCCUCAGGAGAAGAGGGCACACUUGAGUUUGCCACAUGCUGGACAGGACCAGCUAUAUUGCUACAACACGAAAGGCAUGGUGACAUUAGUGACAUCCUGCCCAAAAGAAGCCAGAGUAUGUGGUUUUCCUUCUGCUCAAGUUGCAAACAGACCGCCAAACAUGGUCAGCUUAUACACAUCUGCUCCAUGUGUUUCAUGUAUCCCAGGUUUUCCAUCAGCAAGGAUGCUUAGCUCUGAAUAUACUAAGAUACAAACUAGGACUACACACAAGUCCUUGUUAGAGAAGCUGCAGAAUGAGAAGAUUUGUGUAAUCGCAAAGUUCCCAGCCAAUGAUGAACAUGAUCAAGAUGAAAUGAAGUACAUGGUUUCAUUGGCUCCAUCAUGUCCACAUUUGACUCAAAUCCCUGGGCUUCCCAGCAUUUUACAAUUGAAUCCAACAGACCCUUGUUUUACUGAGAAGAAUACAUCACAAGAAUUGCCUCAUGCACAGUCAACUCAGUCAUAUCUCAAAGACCCAAGAAUGCCUGGUCUUCCCCCCACAUCUAUUCACCUCACCAGCAUAGCACUUGCAUAUGAGGAGAAAUUCAAAGGCAGUGCAAAACAAAACAUAGACUGUUGUGUAGAUAACGGCAAAUCACAUAUAGAGAGGAUAGUAGCGGAGGAAGCUCCAACAGGCAAGAAAACAUUGGACACAUCAGAGCCAGCGAGAGUCUUGGGUUGGGAAGUUUUGGAGGCAGAGGGAACAAUUACAGAAAAAAAGGCAAAAUUCUCUUUGUCUGCAAAAGAGGAAGAUGCAUCGGGAUUAGUACAUGCUAUUGUGGGUGUUUUCCAUAAAGGGUUACACUCACUCACUACAUUAUCCAUGUCUCACAGUUAUGAAACAGUAACAUCCAUGUUGGGGCCGUCUAGCUCUACUUUAGCUGAGGUGGAGCACCAACCCAAGGCUGCCUUUUCUAUGGAUCUGAAAGACAAGACACUGACCCCUUCAGAUAAGUUUUCAACACAUUUUGCAGAUAACGCUACUACCAUACAGAAGAUAGAGGGACAGUUUGAUGAAAUUCAAACCAAACAUAAGAUUGAAUUUCCAUUAAAUACUGAGCCUUACAUGUGGGACUUGUUAGGUGAUCCAUCAGCGUCUCCAUCACCAACUACCAAAAGGGAUGAUGGGUUUUUGGUUUGUGCAAGCAUGAAGAAAUGGCCACCGCUGACAGAGGCAGAUAUCACUGAAAUUUCAAAGGAAGAUAGUGAACAAGUAACGGAACAAAAGGCUUCUCUUGAUCAAUGGCUCACAAAGGAGAGGCCACUCACGGGGCAGGAUCCUGUUCAAACAUCAGUAUAUGUUGAAAGUUUGUUAGCAAGGCACCAGACUGCGACGGAACAGGAUGAGGGUAGAACUGUGUCAACUUCUUUACAGCUGGAUAAAGGCCACCAACAAAAAAACACAGGAGACAUUUCUGCCACUAUCGUGAAGCCUACCACAAAGGAAUCACUGACAGAUGCCAAUGUACAUGGAGAGAUACUCAUGGACAAACCCUCAGACCCACAAACUGAUAUUACUGUCCCUCAGCGAGGCAGAAAACCCAGGAGAAAAGUUCCAGAACCUCAACAGAAAGGGUGUGAUAAUGAAAAAGACACUGUUCCAUCACGACCUCUCAGAAGAAAGGAUAGUUUAACUCCAGACUACAAACAAAAAUCGGAUGGUUUGUCAGUCAAGCCCCUCCCUGAAGUUGUUUCAAUCCAGUCUGUAAAAAAAGAUGCUACUGGUGAGAUACAACCUGCCACUGCCCUAUCUUGCAGCAUAAAAAAAACAGACAGUAGUGUUCCUCUUGAUGUACCUCAGAAUGAUCAUGCCCAAGAAAGUGUUAGUGCUCAUGUAACACUAUACACAGGUGACCAUAGACAAACAAGUGAAGUUGUGCAAAUAUCUAUUGAUGUUGUUGCGCCUCCUCGUGUGAAAAGAAGAGAUGGCAGUUUGCCACCUGAAACUCCACAGAAAACUGCCCCUUGCAAGCCUCUGAGGAGAAAAGACAGCACCACCAGACAGACAACUGUUACAAAAGCUAAUGGCCAACAAGAUUUGAAAGUCAGUUCUGCUUUGAAAACUACAGAUCCUGUUCCUCCUCAACCUAGCGAGAGAAGCUCUGAUGUCUCAGGUGCUCUGGAACCUUUACAGAGCCUUGAUAUACCUGGUCAAACAACUACUGAAAUUAUCCCUUCACAGCCUGUUGGAAGAAAAGACCAAACAACCAAACGACACUCUCAGGAAACAGAUUUUGUGCGAAGUGCCUCUCGACAGGCAGACACAGAACUGGUCUGCUCAAAAGACACUGAGCAAAACUCUUGUACAUCAACAUGCCCCAAGAAAGACACUGAUACAUCUGUCCAGGCCUCUUCUCACUUAAUUCCACGCUCGAAAAAAAAGGGAAUUGAGAGCAUCACCCUAAAGCCAAAAUCAAAAAUGUUUAAUGUAGAGCAAACUGCUUCUCUCUCAAUCAUUAAGAAGAUACGUCUUCCACAACGUGGCAACAAAUUGCCGUCAAGCAAAUUUGGCAACAUUGACAGUGACAAGGAAUGUGUAAAAGCAGUCCAGAUUGUCAGCACUGGUAAGGAAGAAAUAAAGCAGUGUAGUAUAGUUGGUGACACAUCUGUUGAUACAAUCAACAUCACAUCUUCUAAGAAAUCAGAGCAUGCAUCAGAGAUAGCCGAGGCAAAGAAAGACAAACAAACAAUUUUACGUAUCCCAAAGCCCCGUGUGAAGAAACGUCUCAGUGGCUCUUUCCCAGAAGAUGUUACAGCUAUAGAGACCCCAUCUAAGGCUACCCAUGGAGAAGAGGCACAGGCAUCGAGGCAAAGUGGUCCUUCAUCCAUUUCCCCAACAACUAAAGAAUUGCCAAAAACGCAACACAGCAAAGGCUCCCCACCUCUUUCUCUGGGUAGUCAAGCUUCUGCAUCUACAGAAGAGGUGGUACCUGUAAAGUUGAGGAGAAACAGACUGACUAUUGACAGCAGUGUUCAAGUAGAGGAUGGACAUAUUUCAGAGCAGACACUAGGAGGUUCAAGCUUGCCUGUACCAAAACCAAGAGCAAAGAAGCAUCUUAGUGGUUUGUUCCCAGAUGACAUGAUUUCGUCUCCCUGCCUGCCAGACACAGUUACUGACACCGUUGGUCAUGAAUCAAUCCAACAGAUUGAACAGUCAAGCUUGCCUUUUCUAUUGCCACGGGCCAAGAAACGUCUCAGUGCCACUUAUUCAGAAAGCACACCACCUGUAGACAAUUUAUUCCCCCAAGAAAUGGAAUUAUUUCAGAGAAACCCAGAAGCUACAUCUGCCAUGAGCAAGGAAACUGAGGAAGACUCAACAUCUCUGGAUUCAAGUGUGAUCUUUGAAGGAGGUUUUGUCACUGUCCAAGGAGAAGAUGUUGUGGCGUCAGAGUUGGAACAGGAAGUGCUAGAAGCAAUGGAAGAAGAGGAAUUUCCUCAGGCAGACUCUGUAGAAGAUAAUGAGAAGGCGCUGGAAGAAAUCAUGAAAGGCUGGACCUUUACAGAAAAACCUAUUGUCACAGGUGACUCAGAGAAGUCUGCAGAGGCAGUGUCUGAGCAAGCUGACAUUGAAAAAAUCCUGGAAGCAGAGGUUGCUAGGUCCACUGUUGCAUCGUCUCAGGAUGACUGGCUGCAUGUAGAGGAUGACAAAGACAGUGAACCAAUGGAAAUAAACUCAACGAAGGAAAUGAGGGAUGAAGAGUUGGACUUUGGCUUUGUAUCUGUAGAUGUAGAUGCUGGUUGUUUAGAGGAUGAAAGGCAAAAGAAGAAUUCACAAGUUGCUGGCCUCCACCAAGCCAAUGAACCAAUAACACCUCAUAAAAUACCUGCAGAUGGGACUGCCUCUCUGGAAAGCUUUUCGCCCAGUCCCAGCUUAGUGACAUCCAGUCAGUCUCUACUAGACUGGUGUCAAGAAGUCACACAGGGUCACAAGGGAGUGAAGAUAACCAACUUCAGCACCUCCUGGAGGAACGGCCUUGCGUUUUGUGCCAUCUUACAUCACUUUCAACCAGAAAAGAUUAAUUUUGAAAUGCUGGACCCGUAUGACAUCAAGCACAACAACAAAAAGGCCUUUGAUGGCUUUGCUGAACUUGGCAUUUCCAGACUGAUGGAGCCUUCAGACAUGGUCAUGCUAGCAGUCCCUGACCGCCUCAUUGUCAUGACCUACCUCAACCAGAUCCGCACCCAUUUCACGGGCCAGCAGCUCAGGCUGCUUCAUAUAGAGAGGGAUAGCAGCGAGUCCAGCUAUGCUGUAGCAGGGGACCGGGAGAGCCAAGAGGACCCUCAGGAAACUGUUCGUUACUGCGCCCAGAGGCUUCAGGAGGAGGGUUUAAGUCUAGAAAGUAAUGGGACUGCAGGCACAGCAGAGUCGGACAGUAAAACCAAGGAUGUUGUUCCACCUCCUAGAACCAAAUGGCUGCAGGUUGCUGGGUCAAGUGGGGCUCAGUUACCAGUGGCACCACCAAGGACUCAUUUUCUGUCCAAGACUGGUUUCUCUCAUGUGAAAGACGCUGAUCUGGUCAAGAAGCGUAGGUCACAGCGGAGGAGUGGGUCAGUAGAAGAAGGAGACAUAUCGGUGGUCGUUGCUGGGCAGGAGGACAGUGUACUUACCCGGAGAAAGUCAGACACUGAGAGAACAGAGGCUGUGGCUGAGGAGAGAAGACCAGAAGGCCAAGACCCCAACCAGUAUGUGCUGAGUCAGAUGGAAGCCCUGGAGGCAGAACAAAAUCAUAUUGAUAACCGAGCAGGUGUGGUGGAGAGGAAACUUAGACAACUACUGGAAACAGGCAGUGACAAAGUGGAGGAGGAGCGGUUGAUUCAGGAAUGGUUUACGCUGGUCAACAAGAAGAAUGCUUUAAUCAGGAGACAGGACCAUCUGCAGCUGCUGCUGGAGGAACAAGACUUGGAAAGAAAAUUUGAGCUGUUAAACAAAGAGCUGAGGGACAUGAUGGCUCUCGAAGAGUGGCAGAAGACUCAGGCCCAUAAACACAGGGAGCAGCUGCUGCUUCAGGAGCUGGUUUCACUAGUCAACCAGAGAGACCAACUGGUCCACAAUAUCGACGCCAAAGAAAGAGGAGCUCUGGAGGAGGACGAGCGUCUGGAGCGAGGCCUGGAGCAGCGCAGGAGGAAGUAUUCUGUACAGCAGAAAGAGAAGUGUGUGAUGCAGUGAUUCCGUCCACCUCCAGCCACCAAAAAUGCUGAGUCACCGACGUGAAAGAAAGUGGGUCAAGACAAAACAAAAACAAAAGAAUGGGACAACCGUUUUUGGUCAUCUGUCACUUUCUGUCAGACUGAUUGGUGUGGUUUGAAGUCGGCAGUAAGGGGACAUUUAGACCCAGCUGACCCGAGGAGGGUAGUUCUGACCCAAUUUGGGUAUUACCGAUGGAGACUCAGAUGCCCCAAAACCUGAGUGAGGCUCCGUUAUGUUGAGGCUCUGAAUCAACUUUUACUUUGGUUUGCUUUCCCCCUAUUUUGAGCAUCAUAAAAUGUAGCACUAGGCUCCAUUGAAUUACCAAAGAUCAAUAUAAUGGAAGUAGGCGUAAUACAGUAUACAGUAUAUUGUGUAAGUUCUACCAAACCUUACAGGAGGUUCAGCACCCACGGAGCAGAAGGCAUCGGUGGCUCAGAAAGAGCAGUUUGGACGGUUUGCUUUGCAGUUUCUGUGCUGUGUUUUUAGGUCCUAUUGUUACAGACCCGUGACUGUGAAUGAAAUAGUGUGUUUGAUUGAAAGUGUGUGUACUGGAAAUGUUUGCUCUAAAAUGUGAGCUGCCAUUAAAAAAGGGGAGUAGGUUUGACCAGUGUCACAGCGAUACUGACAUGUUGGGAUUGGACCGGCUGAUAACUAACCAAAAAACUAGUGCCAGUACACACAUAGAGGAUUUAGUGUUUCCUGUUGACUGUUACUCAUAGCAGGGAAGAUAAGAUAGACUUUAUUAAUCCCACACUGAGUAAAUUCCUGUGCCACGGCAGCUCAAAAAUAAUUUCUUUUACACACAUCCGAAUAACACAAAUACACAUUAAGUAGACAUAGGAGAAAAAUAUGUAAAUAAAGAAAAAAUUGAAUUAAUUAUUAUAAAAAUAGUAAUACAACAAACAUUUCCACAAUAAACAGACAGUAUAUAAACACAGAUGUACAGAUGAGUAAUGUGCGGAUGAAUAGAACUGACAUAUUGCCCAGUUGGAGGUAACAGAGAGUAAUAAAUAAAUAAAUAUACAUAGUGCAGAAUGUUGUCCAGUGAUGACUCAUAUUGCAGAAACAGCUAGCAGUGUUACAUUAACAUCUUUAACACAUUACAUUAGUAUGUAUUAAAGAGUCUGACUGCUGCUGGAAUGAAGGCCCUAGGGUAGGGUGCAGCGGUCUGCUGCUCAGGGAACUUACAGUCUCACGUAGGGGUUGAGAGGUGUUGCCCAUGAUUGGUGCAAGCCUCGCCAACAUCCUCUUCUCCCCCACCUCCUCUAUGGUGUCCAUGGCAGGGGGAGAGCAGGAAGACAGCUUUUGUCAGUUCUUUGCGUAACCGUGACGUGACCAAUGUGUUCAUGGGUUCAUGUGUCUGCUGUCUGACCUGGGUAAGGUUUGGUUAAGUGUAGGCCUGGUUGAGGCUUAAGGAAAGGUGUUGACAUGGGAGGAACUAGGAAUUAUGGUUAAGGAAUGACCGUGGUCAUGGUUAAAGCUAAUUAUCACGUAACACAGUAUGUACUAGGGCUGCACGAUGUGAGAAAAGUAUGCCAUAUGCGAUAAUGUCGUUGAAAAUUGCGAUAGGGAUGUUACUCGCGAUACAUAAACAGAUAUUAAAAUGUACUCAGUUCUGCAUUUCUGCUUCAACAAUACAACAACAUGCUAGCUGAAUUUAAAACAAAUGGAAGGGAAUCAUUUCCAGCAUUCUGUCAUGGACAAAUUGAACAUUGAAUUGAAUAUAAAACGCAGCACUAAAAGAAGAAGCCCGUUUUCUACUGAUACUUUAUUUCAACUAACACAUGUCUGAUGUGUUGCAGACUUUCGCAAUGUGUUUAUUACACCAGUUGGUAUUGCGAUGACGUUAAAAAAGUAAUGUGUUGUACAGCCCUAGUAUGUACAACAACAAUAAAUAUCGGUCUAGCCCUAGAGGAAAACUACCCUUUUUGUACAUACAAUUAUUCACCACAGCUGCCUUACUGAAGGAUUUAAGUUUUAAGUGCCCAUGUUUUAGUGUUUUAGAGGUUUAUUGGUACUGGGUUUUAGUUAUGCCCUCCCCUAGUAUUUGGAUACUGUUGUUGUUGACACAGCUAUUUGGAAAAGAGAGAUCUAAUGUAGUCUGGUUUUGGUGUUUGAGAUGUUUCACGUUUACAUCAUAUUGUAUGAUGGGAUGUAGGUGCAAAUGGAAUGCACGGACGAGGAAAGCAGCCAUGGAACAUAUCUUCAAAUAACUUAUUGGAUUCAUUUUCUUUUAAGGUUUUAUUAUUUAUUAUCAAUACAUAUCCACUAGAGAAGCUGCCACACAGAUAUGUAUGUGUUUUAACCAAUGCUCAUCGCCCUCAUUAUUGCAGCAUUUUACUUCCAUCUGUGUAUAAAACGUUCAUACAGUACAGUAACAUUCACAUGUACACUAAUACAGAUUAUUGAUGACAGUGACAUAGGAAUAUUUCUAUAAUUGUUCUAUGUGGGAUUUUUAUUUUGCCACUGAUUUGGAAAAUGUUUCUGAUAAAGUUUAAGGGUGACUCCAGUCUUUCAUUUUGUUUCUAUUCAAGCAAUUGGAAAUACUUUUACAUUAUGCAAAUGUAUUUUGUUUCUAUAAAAGGUGAAGAUGUGAAUGGUUAUUCAUAAUAAAGCCAAAUCUUUGUUAGCACAAUAUUAACACUUGCUUAAAGUGAAUUAGCGCUUCCAGAUCUUCCAAGGAUACUUGCCGCUUGUUUUUGCACUGAAAAGUGAUGUUCUGUAACAGAGACACGUUGGCCUGAGAGCUUUUUAUUUUGCGUUGAGAAGUUUGCGGUUCUUAUGUUGCCAUAACUGCUGGUUGUUGUGUGAAUUAGUUACAUCCUGUCUAAAUGAUUGAUGUGUGUUUUAUUUGUGGGUUUUAUGUUACAUUUGCACUAUUUGUAAAGUUUGAAAAAUACAAAAGAUUUGAAUGCC